AUGUCCGAGCCCGCCGCCCGCCCCGACGAGCCCUCGCCCCGCACCGUCGGCAACACGUUCAUGCGCCAGUACUACCACUUCCUGGCCAAAGAGCCGCAGAGUCUCCACCGCUUCUACAAGACGGAGAGUCGCUGGUGCCACGGCGUCGGCUCGCACAUGGAGGAGCCAAUCGCUGGCCAGCGCGCGAUCAACGACGAGAUCUUGAAACGCGGCUACGCCGGCGCGCGCGUGGAGCUGGACGCGGGCUCCAUCGACUGCCAGCAGUCGCUCGGCGGCGGCGUCUUGGUGCUGGUCACGGGCGUCAUGACGCUACAGAGCGGAGAGCCCGCGCCCAAGCCGUUCGUCCAGACGUUCUUCCUGGCGGUGCAGCCCAAGGGGUUCUUUGUGCUGAACGACUGUCUGCGGUUUCUGGAGCUGCCUCGGGUAGAGAGGGGACUGGAAGAAGAGCCGGUGGAGAUGGAGAUGAUGGCGGUGCCAGUGGUGGUGCCGGAGAUUGCGGGGAAGGAGGAAGAGACGGGGAGAGAGGAGGAGGAGGAGACGAGUGGGGAGGUCGUGGAUGUGGAAAGGGACGAGGGGGGAGAGCAAGUGACGGCUGCUGCUUCCUCGUCCAGUGCUGUGGUCGAGAAGCCGGUGGGGGAAGAGAGGGAGGAAGAUGCGGUGCCUGUAGCUGUGGAGACGACGGUGGCGCCGGUCAUGUUUCUUCCGGUUACGAAGCAGGAGGACGUUGUAGCUGCUGCUCCGGCGGAUCCAGUGGUGCCAGCUCCUGUUGAGCCGGAGAAGCCCAAGACGUGGGCAGCGCUGUUCUCGGCGCCGACAACGGCCGCUACUGUGACGCCACUUGCUGCUGUGGUGCCGCUAGCUGCGGCUCCUGUGAAGCCUGUGGUUACGAAGGAUGUUGCUGCGUCGACGUCGGUACCGACUCCUGCGGCAGUUUCUCCUCCUUCUGGUGGUCUGGCGGUGGAGAGGUCGCCGAAGAACAAGCCGAGCAAGGAGAAGGAACAGAAGCGUCUGUACAGUCUGUUCAUUCGUGACCUGCCGCCUCAGAUGCGUGACAGUGACCUCCGUGACUUGUUCAAGGGGUACGGCUCGAUCGCUGGGGUGAACGUUGUGGCUCAGCGCAACUUUGCGUUUGUUGACUACUACGAGCAGGAGAGUAUGCGUGCGGCUCUGGCGGAAACGAAGGAGUUCAAGGUGCUGGACAAAGUGCUGCAGGUGUCGGAGCGCGGCGACCGCAAAGAUGGCCAGCGUAGUAACUUCCGCAGCAACGACUCGCGCGGUCGUGGGCGUGGUGGUCACGGCCCCAAGAGUGGCCGCGGUGACCGGAAGGAGCGCAGCGGUGACGAUGCUCCUUCGUUCAGCAAGGGCGAUCGACGUGAGGGGCCGCGACGUGAGAAGAUGGGCAACCGCCGUGGUGGGAAGGUGGAUGCCACGUCGCACAACCGAGCGGAGUAG